AUGACGACAGCCCACAGACCUACCUUUGACCCGGCGCAAGGCAAAGAAGCCCUCCGAGGCCCGGCCUACCACCAGAGACUUCUCCCUGCGCAUAAACACCUGAAAGUUCGCCAACCUGGACAAGGCGGUGCCGCCGACGCCGAUCCAUCGCCCCGUGACCUUCGCGCAGAGCUUCUCAAGGCAGAGGCAGCACACUUUGCCAAGAAAAAUGGCGUGCCCGCCGAACAGCCAGCUAUUGCUGAAUCCUCAGCCCCCAAGCGACAAAUUGAAGCGGCGCCCCAAGAUGGAAGCGAAGGUGAUAAUCAGGAAGAGGACCCAGAGGCCAAACGACGACGCAUAUUGGAGGAGACGCGCGACAUAGAUGCCGAUUCAGAUGAGUCAGAAGAAGACAGCAGUGACGAGGAUAGCGACGAGGAAGAUGAAGCAGCCGAAUUGAUGCGGGAACUUGAAAAGAUCAAAAAAGAGCGAUUGGCACAAAAGGAGAAAGAGGAGCGUGAACGAGCAGCCGAAGAAGAAGAGAAGCGAGAGGUUGACAUUGCGCGCGGAAAUCCUCUACUCAACUCCCAGGAUUUCAGCAUGAAACGGCGCUGGGAUGACGAUGUUGUUUUCAAGAACCAGGCUCGGGGAACAGAGAACCGAGACGGCAAGGAAUUUGUCAACGACCUUCUUCGUUCUGAUUUCCACAAGCGUUUCAUGGGAAAAUACGUGCGAUAG